ACUGCAAGUUAGAGAUUGUUUAACAUGGCGUGAUGUACAGGGUAUUAUUGUGUACAGUGCUGUACCAAUAGACAUUAGUGAAGGUGAUUGGUUCACCAAUGGAGCUGACUUUAUGCACUCUCACCAGCACGGGUUCGGAGUACUGGACGCCUACAGACUGACAAGAUCAGCUCAGGUGUGGCCUUUGUUACCAGCACAAGUGGUUUGGAAGUCAGAUACAUAUUACGCUAAUAGUCCAAUUCCUUAUUCAAUGGAUCGUAAACUCCAGCAGAAUAUAACACUGUCACUUGAUGACAUGCCACCAUCACUCCAUACACUGGAGCAUGUAGCAAUCACUGUGACAAUAGACCACACCUACAGAGGUGCUCUUAUACUGGACCUGGUGAGUCCUUCAGGUACAGUAUCUCAUUUAGCUACUUCUAGAAAGAAGGACAGCUCAUCUAAAGGAUUACGUGAUUGGACAUUCACCACAGUCCGUUGUUGGGGGGAGGGACCCCUGGGGGUGUGGUCAUUACAGGUAGCUGAUGACACUAGUAUUGGUAUCCCUCCAGACACUGAGGGUGAAUCAAGAGGGUACCUCUUACAAUGGAGUAUCAAACUGUAUGGAACCAACCUCACUUCUUUGGAUAUAGUCAAUAGAAAAAUAUUAAUUGAUCAGGUCGUCAAUGGUGAUGAUGAUGUAAUUCCUUCAACUUGUCCUCCUAAACCAACCAACCUACAGGACAUCACCUUCCCUGAUUCACCUAUUGGGAACAAAUUAUUAAAGGUUCUUUCUGCUCUAGCUGCUGUUAUUGUCAGUAUAUUAUUUCUUCACAUUUUAAUAACUUUUAUCUAUCGGAAAAUGAGAGACAAAAAGAACAGUUAUAGAUCAGCACUACCUCCGGUCACUUUGCGUCACUUGAGUUCAACAGCCGAGGAAGAGGAGGGGCUUUUAUUAGAAUCACGAGAUAAUAAUGAAAAUGAGUGGAAUGAAGAAAUUGUUGAAGAUAAGACUACUCUAUAAUUAAUUAAUUAAUUAAUUAAUUAAUGUCUGUUUGUACAUUUUUAUUGACAAGAACUGCAUGGCAUUCA